AUGCCGGCGGAAAAGCUCGUCAACAGCCCCAAGUGGAAGUUCGGAGCGUCCUGGUUGGGUAAGCACAAACCGCUGUGGCCCCCGCAGCGCGACCUCAAAGGUGCGCUCCCCAUCGAAGAGCAGAAGGAGAAACCCAUUCUGGUUGUACAAACCGCCCCGCCCAACCAUGUCUUCACCAUCUUCUUCUCGUACCGACGCCUGCUGAACGCAGUAGGCCUCGCUUUGCGUUUUGCACAGAACGUCCGCAAGUCUGGCAAGCGGAAUACGGACCGAGUUCUGUCGGUCGUCGAGCUCGAAGCCGCUAAAGUCGCUCUCGUCAAGAUCGUCCAAGCCGAGACGUUCCCGGAAGACCUCAAGCUGCUGCGGAAAGGCCGACCUGUCGCACCAAAGUCCCCUCUGCGCCUGCUCAACCCAUUCUUGGAUCAAGCUGGUGUGAUACGCGUUGGUGGCCGGUUGUGCUUGUCCGACGAGCCGUACGCAGUGAAGCACCCGAUGGUCAUCCCUGGCUUCCACCCGUUCACGCGACUGAUGCUGACCUACUACCACUUGAAGGUGAUCCACGGUGGCAUCACGGUGACGCUCGCCAGCGUCCGAGACGGGUUCUGGCCGUUAAACGGCCGCCGCGCGGUGCGCAACGCGAUUCGCCGCUGCUUCAGAUGUUGCCGAGCGAACCCCCAACCCAUCCAGCAGCCGAUCGGUCAGCUGCCCGUCGCCAGAGUCACCGCCAACGAAGCGUUCACCUGCACUGGCGUCGACUUCUGCGGGCCGCUGUAUUUGAAACCAACGCACCGCCGCGCCGCAUCCCGCAAGUGCUAUGUCGCGGUCUUCAUCUGCCUGAGCACUAAGGCCGUCCACCUGGAGCUGGUCAACGAUCUGUCCACUGCAGCGUUCCUGAUGGCCCUGACCCGGUUCACCUGGAGAAGAAACAAGCCGAGUCACAUCUACUCCGAUAACGGAACCAAUUUCAUCGGAGCCAAGAACGUCCUUCACCAGCUGUACCAGAUGCUGCAGCCCGGACCCGAAAGCGACAAGAUCGCCAAGCACCUGGCGGACGACGGCAUCCAGUGGCACCUGAUCCCCCCGCGCGCUCCCAACUUCGGCGGUCUCUGGGAGGCUGCUGUUAAGGUGGCCAAAAAGCAUCUCGUUCGGCAGCUCGGAAACUCACUGCUGUCCUUCGAGGAGUUGACCACGGUGCUCACUGCGAUCGAAGGCUGUAUGAACUCGCGCCCCCUAACCCGUCUGUCGGAGGAUCCCAACGAUCUGUCCGCGCUCACCCCGGCCCACUUCCUGGUGAAGAACAUGAUCCGCCCGCUUCCCGAGCCGGACGUGCGCGACGUCCCGCUGAACCGGCUGAACCAGUAUCAGCGCAUCCAGGCCUACUCCCAGCGAUUUUGGCACCGCUGGCGGAACGAGUACCUCAAGGAGCUCCAGACGCAGUACAGCAGCAACCCCCGGCGUUACGACCUAGACGUCGGCUCCGUGGUGAUCAUCAAGGACGAGCUGCUUCCACCCGCCCGCUGGCCGCUGGCCCGCGUCCUGGAAGUGCACCCUGGACCUGAUGGCGUUACCCGUGUGGCCACACUGCGAACCGCCGGAGGAAUCCUGAAGCGAGCUGUGAUGAUGAUGGAUGAUGGGGGACACUGCGGGUGCGGGGAUUCGGGGUAG